GGCCAUGUGUAGCGAAAAAAAUGGUGGUUCGGUUACAUCAUGUCGAAGUACUUUGUCAGAAUUUAGAGCAAAGCCUGAAACAAUUCUGUGAGAAAUUUGGAUUUAAUGUGCUAGCUCGUUCUUCUUCCCCUAAACGAUUUACGUUAAACCGUGAUGCAAUAAAUUUCGUGCUGAGUGAAGGAGCGCGGGAAAGAGACACAGUGUUCAACGUUGCCCUUGAAGUCAAAGAUGUAAAACAAGUGGUAGAUGUUGUAAAAAGAAACGAUGGUAAAGUAAUCAGAGAACCAGAAAUUCUCUCCGAUAGCAAUGGAAAAGUGGAGUCCGCUGUUGUACAAACUCCUGUCGGCAAUGUUGUCCAUACACUGUUAAAUGCGUCUGGUUAUAAUGGAGUAUUUUUGCCGGGGUUCGAUGUUUUCGACAGCAAGAUGGCGUUACCGAAAACGCCUUGUUAUGCAACAGACUCGUCAAAUUCCCGAACAAUUAUAAAGGAUCGCAUUUUAACGCAUUUUGAUCACAUAACUUUUGCGUGUCCUCUUGGGACUUCUCAGACGGUUAUGAAGUGGUAUGAAAAAUGUUUUGGAUUCACCAGGUUCAGUAUUAACUCUGAUGAAACCCAAGAUGGGUUCGUGGUGCAGAGUGCAAUACAAGGUGCAAGCAUUGGAAUGAAGUUAACUGCGAUGCAAUACUGGUUUUGUUCAGAGUCAGAGCUUAGAAUAGACACUGAUGAGCCAGGAGGAGGCGUAAAAUUUGUUUUCGCCGAACCGCUACCUGGGCAAGGUUAGUGGUACGUGAGGUGGGAGGGCAUGGAUUCUUGGUUUGCAACCACGUGACAAGGCGGCCAUGUUGGGGGUCAAUACAAUAGAAUUUUUUCUCGAAGAAUUUACAUGAAAAUAGAGUUUAGUUCCCAGAGGGGAGAAAUGCUUUUGUUCUUGACCACCAACAUGGCCGCCGUGACGCCGUUUUUGUGUUUACAGUUUCCAUAGAAACUGUAACACUAUGCAGUCAUGUUGUAUGUCCAUAAUCUCUGUAAGAAAAGCUAAAAUUCUGAAGGCCAGAUACAAAAUAAUAUUGUUUGAUUCAGUUCGCAAACAAGUAGAGUUUAUUACGUUCUAGUUGUUGCUUGUUAAUUACAUCAAUUAUUUUUUUCUGGUCAAAAGACAUUUUGCAAAAGAAGGAUAACAGUGGUCAUCGGUGUGCUGCAUAAUAUGAAAGUGAAGUGCGAGCUGUUGUGUCAGAAAAAUAAGCGAGACCCGUUGCUCGAAAAAAAUGUUUUUUUCUUGAUGCAAGAAGUCACACUUCAUUUUCUCUUCGAUGCUAGUCAUCGGCAUGCUGUAUGACGUGAUGGAGAAGUGUAACUUAAUGCCUCAGAUAAAUUAGUGUGUUCUUAUGCUUUGGAAAUUUUUUUUCUUCCAUGCAAGAAAUCACACUAUAUUUUCUUCAACAAAACAGGUUAUGUUUCAUGCUUAUAUGACAUAGCAAGCCGAUAAAAUCGCAUAUGCACGACAGACGUAACAAAAACUGUAAACAUAUGCACUCACUCUCUUUAGAGAGCUAUUUUUUGAAGAGAAUAGGUGCUCAUGAUUAGCACACUGUGUCUGUGUAUGUGUUACUUAUGCUUAUGGCUGCAUCAUUGGUGUAAGUGUCUUAUUACCUUAAAAUUAAAUUAAGGUUAAAAUUUUUAACCUUAGUUGAAUUAGGGAGGAGACAAAGAAUAUUGAGAAUCAACCUGGGGAUAAAAAGAUUUAAAGGGACUGGUUCACGAUAAUGCGCAUGCGCGCCGUUUGUCUCUUGAGAAUAAAUUUGUCGGGUCAACACUAAAUUCAAAAUCGCUAUUACCGGUACAAUCGUUGAAAAUCCUUUGUUUUAUUCAGACAUCCGUCGCUUUGGCUGGUCUAGUUAUACUUCGGUAGUGGUGAUUAAUGUGUGGUUGUGUUGUUUGACUGUUUACGUUUUAAGAAGACGCAAAAAAUAAUGUUUUGAUCAUGGAGGUUCAGAAGAGCAUCGUGGCCGUCCGGCAACAGGAUGUUCUCAAGAGUCUCUGGAGAUAGAGAAGCUUAGCCUAUCGAUCUGGUAUGGUUCUAGGAGUAGUUGUGUGGCAUACGAAAAGAAUACACGGCACUUGGAAAGUGGUUAAAGGCAUGAGUUCAUUCAUCUUUGAUUUGAUUUUUGACUCCGACCUGUAGUUAUACCGCAACAGGCCGCGCGAUCUUCACCGAUCUGGUACACUUGAAAUGUUCCUUGUAUCUUUGCUUUACGAUCAUAUAUGUUUAAGAAUUGAUGUUUUUGAAGUAAAUUAUUACCUGAAUAUUCUGUUUACUAGUAUAAUCUACAGUCGAACCCCGCUAUUUCGAAGUCCCAAGGGAAAUGGAAAAAAGUUCGAAAUAGCGGGGCUUCGAAAUAACCGGGAAGCAUAAAGGGGAAGGGUACAUCCAAGGGCAUUCGAUCUUCCUUCAAAAUAGCAAGGACUUCGAAUUAACCAGUUUCGAAAUAGCGAGGUUCGACUGUAGUUUCUUUAUGUGUGCUACUCGAUAACAUUUGUUUUGCGGAACACUGAUCCGAUGCAACGCUAAUGAAUUUGUUCAUUUGCUGAUAAGCAAUUGAAAUUUAUGCUCAAUUAAGAAUAAUAUUUAUACUAAUACGUUGUUUGUUUGUGUCACCGGUCAGGCGCUAUUUGUAGGUAUUUCUGGGUUUAUAUAAGGCGAACUGAGAGAACAGUAAUAAGAUGUUUGUUUACAAAUUUUGUUUGCUGAUCGGUGGCUGUUUUGUUAGCGUGGGUACGACCUCGUAAAAAUACACGUUGGUAAAUGUUUUUUUCAAAGCAGGACAGGGCUGUAAAUCUUAUUCUUAUCGGCUGCAACGUACAUCUGAGGAGUAGCAAAGAAUAAACUUGAAUUAUAGGGAUAAAUGAAAUCAAACCAAAUGCCCAGAAAUACUCUCGCGUCACGAACAAUUAAUUUGAAUUUUGUAAAUUUACUUGCGUGCAUCUAACUCGCUUCCGAUUGGAUGAAAAACAAUCAGCUACUGUUAGAACUCACACAUACGCAUUAUCGUGAACCAGUCCCUUUAACCUGAAUUUAAUGUUGACCUGUAACAUAAUCAAUACUAUAGAUAUAGAGACUGUGAUCAUUUACCGUCAAACUCAAAAAACUAUAUAAACCUGAAACAUUUUGAGAACAUUGAUUGUGUAGAGACCAAUCACAAUUCUUGUGGAAUUAUUCUCUUCCUUCACUGCAUUUUCUUAGAAAGGGCAGGUAUCAAAGACCUGCCAUAGCCCCACUUGUUUGAAAGUUGGAUGCCUGGGAGCUCACAAAUAGUUGAUACUAUUACAUCAUCCACUGGAUAGAGAGUUAGCCUGUGUGAAGAACUAUCCACCUCUCCAAACAGCUACAUGUCACACCUACCCACCGUUUUAUCAUUGCAAAAUCAAUGUUUGGUUUUUUAGGUCCAAACCAAGUGCAGACAUUUUUGACCGAACAUGGAGGACCAGGUAUACAGCACAUAGGUCUUCAUACUCCAGAUAUCACUCAAGCAGUAGCAGCAUUAAAGGAUAACGGAGUGGCAUUUAUUGAUCCUCCUGCUGCUUAUUACUCUGAGGUUUGUUGCACAAAUGCAGUGGUGACAUGCUUAUUUAUUGUCAAACUUGCCCCAUUUACAACUCAAAAUUUUGCCAAACACAAUGUUUGAGGCUAAUCAUCAUUUGGGUGAGAAAGAACCAAAUCUGCCCAAAAUGUUGUUUACAAAGUAGAGCACUAAGCUGACAAGAAUCGUUGGCAGAAGUAUUGUAUGGACACCUUGAGAUUACAUUCAUAGCCACAAAGACCUAAACAGCAAAAUGUUACAUGCAUCGAAAUGACUUGUCAUGGUCAUUGUUAGUAAUGACAUUUUUAUUUACAUGAACAAGAUUCUCAAAAAACUUCAUGUUUCUAUGAAAAAUUAAUUAAAAAUAAACCUGUUUUGUAGGAAGGCAAAUUACAGGAGAUAAAAUAUGUGGGUGAGUGUGUGGAGUCUCUUCAAAAUCAUGGUGUCUUGUUAGAUGCUGAGAGCUUCAUCGUAAAAGAAAAUACAGAGUCUUCUGCUGCUCAGGACACAAAGUGAGUGAAUUGGGUUAAUUUAACACGCUCAUUCUGUUACAGGCAUGAUCCAUUUGGCUAAAGACCUUGGGAAAUUUUGGUCCAGAACUGAGUGGAUUGGUUUGGUCCAUCUGGAAGAAGCUUGAGAAAAAAGGUCAUUUCCAGGUCAGGAAAUGGCCAGAGAAAAAUUUACUUCUUUAAGUCAAAGUAUUUUAUUAUGAGCCAGGGAAACUUGAAAUUUUGAAGAGGCUGGAAGAAGCUUUUCAGGCUUUUCAGGUACUGUGGUCUCAAGCGCCAUAAGCUCAGGAUAUGAGUGCUAUAUAAAUAAAGUUAUUAAGGACAUCUUUAAUGGAGAAAGCAAAAUGUCACUGUCAAGUUAGGUAAAAUGUUAUAUUCUUUGGUUGGGCAAAUUGUAUUUUUAUCAGGGAAGAUUAGAGAAUUUUGAAAACUGAGGACUUGCAGCAACCAUAUUUUAUGACUUAUAUUUCAUGAAAGUUUUUCUAUAAAAUGAGUAAAUUACAAAAGUAUAUAAAGGGUUUAGUUUAUCAUUUGUCUCACAAUUGUCACUUUGAUAUUGAUCGGGACGUUUCAACUGCACACUACAGGUCUUCAUCAAGCGAUAGUGUUGAUUUACUGAGUCCGACUAUUUGUACCACUCUGGUUGUUAGUGAUUGGUGUAUCACAUUCCUCGCUCAUUGUUGGUGGGUUUUUGAUCCAAAGCAUUGUUGGUAUUGUCAGAGGAAGAAACUGAUCCCUCAGAGCUCCGCUGUCACAGCGAUCGGCUGUUAUGUAUGUGAUUGUUGGUAUCCAUGCUUCAGGAAUCUCAAUUCCACCGCCCCUGUUGACUGUGUUAGGAUGAAGUCUUCAAGAGGACCAGUGACGGUCUCGGUCAACUUAACUUCGUCCCAGAAGGGAUAAUGCCUGGUCUUAUUAGCGUGUUAAGAAACAGCCAAAGUUUGAGUUUGAGAAAGCCGGAUAUCCCUAUCAUGCUCCUUAAUCCAUUCAUGCAUGCACCUUCCAGUUUCGCCAAUGUAUACUUUGCCGAAUGCACAAGGAAUCUUAUACUCUACUCCAUCUUGUUUUUGUGAAUCAACAGGAUCCGUAGGUUGUACUAAGUGUGAUCUUAGUGUUGUGUUGGACUUGAGCGAGGUACGUGAUACACCAAUCACUAACAACCACGGUGGUACAACACUAUCGCCUGAUGAAGACCUGCAGUGUGCGGUCAAAACAUCACGAUCACGAUUGAUAUUAAGGUGACAAUUGUGAGACAAUAGAUAAACAAUACUAAACCCUCUAUACACAUUAUCCAUGAUGAUUGACAUCUUUCAUCAAUUUCCUUUUAGGUAUCUGAUGCAAGUGUUUACACGACCAUUGUUUAAUGAGGACACCUUCUUUCUGGAGGUUAUACAGCGAUGUGGUGCAACUGGGUUUGGAGCUGGCAACAUAACUGCUUUAUGGAAAGCUGUAGAUUCCUAUUUAAGCAAGAAAAAGUAGUUUCUCUGGCUCUGACACACACAUUUUAUAUGCAAACUCAAAAUAUUUAACAAUUAUUCUCUGAAGGUGAAGUUACUGUGAAACUCAGAAAACCGUGAACACAUGAAAAAUUUUAGCAAUGUUGAUUGUGUGGUGACCAAUCACAAUAAUGUUCAGGACCUGAAAGGAAACCUCAAAACCACAGACUAAUUACCGCUAUUUCCUCACAACACAAUAAAAUUCCAUAAAUAUUUCUGGUGUCCAUGGUUUUUUGAGUUUCACAGUAAUAUUGUUGAAUAAUGUCGAGGGAAUUAUUCAACGAUAUUAACUGAGCCUGAGGUGAAUAAAUAAUAUAGAAUUUUAUUGUUUUAGUAUAUACACACGAAGUGAUCUCAACAGAACUAGAAAGGAAACCAUGAAAAAAACGAUUAGUUUGAGCCAUGGGUGAAUUCAUGCAUGAACUUGUAGCCGUAAACAGCACAAGCAAAACAGCUGGAUCUUUACAGUAUUUUCAAACUUAGUAAAUCCUAGUUUUAAUUUUUUUGUAAGCUUUAGCAUCAAAGAUUGAAAAGAAAAUGUUGAAAGUUUCUGAGAAGAAACACAAACCUUUUUUUGCUUCUGCCAACUCACUGUGAGCGAAACAGUUUUUUUGUUGCUUCUUGCAAAUGCUGUCAGCAGCGGCUACAAUCGAGGUGAGCGUUCUUUAUCUGCAGGGCAGUGUUCCUUGCCAUGUUAACUUGCUGGCAUGAACAGUUUUCAAAAAUAUUUGCUUUCCUUUUUUACUCCAUAAAUUAACUUCUAUUUCCAGGCGAAAUUGGUCUUGCAAGGAAAUCCCGAGUUCACAAAACAGUGACUAUAGUGUCCUCCAUUUCCUCUGUAGUGGUCAAUAAAAACAUUGCUUUGAGUGUAUGAAAGUCAACUUCAGUAAAUCACUUCACAAUAAAAUCACGCCGUUUAAACACUAUGAAGUCUUUUCUUACCUUCAAAAUCAUCAACUCUGUGAUAUUCUUGUAUUUUAUAAAAGUUCUUACUCUGAAACUUGGCAAAAUACCCAGUUCAUGAUAGCGAUUUUGUUUUUCUUCAUAUUCACCACCUAAGGAGGUGAAUAUAAUGUCAUAGUCCGAGAUAAUGAACUAAUCAGAUUGCUUGAAUCACCAAUAUCACUGAGUGUUGUAUAUACUAGAGGUAAAUAUAAACCAUUUAAAUUUUGUUAUUGUCAAAUUUUUGGCUAAAAUGGGUUCUUUUGUAGUAGGGGUUUAAAUGGAAACCGUAGAGUAUUUGAAGAUCAAGUUUUAUUUGUAAAGCUCAAAGACUUAUUUAAAUAAACAAAAGUAAC